UUGUAUGACAGUCGUAGAAGCGUUCGCACGCAGUUCGUAGUUGAUCGAGAAAUAUUUGUCAGCGUGUUUAGUCCCUGUCUCCGCCUUUUUGUUGUGUUUCAAUGUGGUCUCUCGCCGCUGCCGCCGUUAUCCGUAGUGUUGCAAUCGUGGGCAGUAGUGCGAUCGUGUGACGUGCACCGGGAGAUAAGGGUUAUCGAUUUUCCAGACCCCCUCCGGCCCGAGAGCGCGGACAAGUGCGUAAAAUUGUGCUGAAUGUAACACUUUAAGAAGGUCACAAGUCAAGUGAUUUGAAACUAGCGACAGAGUGUGUGAGUGUGUGUAUUUGAGUUUUUGUUUUUUGGAUAAUUGACUGUGUUGUUACACGAAGUGAGUCGGCUGAUGCGAGGAAGCAUCUAACAGCCAGCCGGAAGCUGCAGAAGCCGCAAACAUCUCAUAUAUGCUAAAAUCAUCAGGAAUGACUGUAACUCCGAUACGAAUGGCGAUGACCAGCCCGACGGUUCCCAUGCAACAGAAGAGCACUUCGCGGAUCAGCAACUUUAGUGUGGCGUCGCUGCUGGCGGACACCCGACCCAAGACACCGUCGAGUAUAACAUCCGCGACGGAGCUCCUGCUACCGGCAAACCUUUCCCACGCGAGUAGCUCACCUCGCUCGGCACACGACAGUGGAUCCUACAAGAAUGAUCUGGACCGAUCGGACACUCCUCACAGCCUGCUGGAAUCGGACGAUUACGACUCCAACCAGGAAGACUCGAUCGUGGACAUCGAGGAUAUCAACAAUGAGAACAGUAAUUCCCAACCGGGACAUCCAGACAAGGGUUCCCCGGCACUCCUGCAGCAAUCAGCAGCCCUGGCAGCCGCUGGACAUGUUCCUAUCCGACCUACACCCUUCAGUGCCCUAGCGGCAGCAGCAGCAGCAUGGGGAGGAAUGAGCGGCGGGAUGCCCUGGCAAGCGGCCGCAGCACGACAGAUGGGACCAUUUGGACCGCCCGGUCUGUUUCCCGGGCAAGGGUUCGGACCGGGACAGCUAGGUGGAGGCGGCCAGAAAUUAGCACCAACCACCAGCAGUGAUCUGUUGGACGUUGGUGCGACGUUGGCGGCUGACGAGAGGACGGUGAUGAUCGUCGUCGAUUACGAUGAUGUCGUGUGCAAAUAG